AGGUGAGGCAAAGUGAGGUCUUAUUAGUGGAGUCUGGAGCCGUUGGGUACAUGGAGCACUUUGGAGGUCUUUGGUGCACAGAAGAUCAUUUUAUUUUAUAGAAGACCACAUAUUACUUGUGUUUUUAAACAGGUCUCACUAACAAGCUGUCAGUAUGCCCACUGAUGCCCAGGCCGACGCCCGCUCUUUUCUGAGCGAAGAAAUGAUUUCUGAGUUCAAGGCUGCCUUCGACAUGUUCGACACGGACGGUGGAGGUGAUAUCAGCACCAAAGAGUUGGGUACCGUGAUGAGGAUGUUGGGUCAGAAUCCAUCCAGAGAAGAGUUAGAUGCCAUCAUUGAAGAAGUUGAUGAAGAUGGCAGUGGCACUAUCGACUUUGAGGAGUUCUUGGUCAUGAUGGUACAACAGCUAAAAGAAGACCAGGCUGGCAAGUCUGAAGAAGAGCUAUCUGAAUGCUUCCGCAUCUUUGACAAGAACCAAGAUGGUUUCAUUGAUCGUGAGGAGUUUGGAGAUAUUGUGCACGCCACUGGAGAGCCAUUAACAGAGGAAGAUAUAGAUGAACUCAUGGCAGAUUCAGACACAAAUAAAGAUGGAAAGAUCGAUUUUGAUGAGUUUCUGAAAAUGAUGGAGAAUGUCCAAUAAAAUCAAUAUAACAUUCCAUCCCCUCACACCCCAAAUGAUGUACCAGUAUAAGCCAUUCUGCUAUCUUUAAUGGAAAACAUGCUCAAGGAAAUUCAGUCCCCCAGGUUUUAAUUAUUAACAGAACAAUGGAGUGGCAUUUGCUUUGAGAAAGAAAAUAUGGUGGGUCAGUACUGUCUUCUUGGUAACGUCCCUCAAGGACUGGAUUGUGAAGGCGUCUAUAAAUAACCAUCCAGACCUUUUAGGAGAAAACCUCUUACCCCACCUCAAUCAAAAGCCGCCAGCUGUCUCAUUACACCAACUUCUUCCCAAGACCCCCUAUUUUCUUCUGUUAGAAUAUGUGUUUCAAAGUAACCUUAGAAUGUUUUGUUGUCAUGGCAAUAAGGAACCCCAGGUUAACAUUGUCACUUUAAAAGGAAACACAUUACUUGUUUUGGCCUCAUGUCGUUUAUUAGUGCAAAUAUGACAAGGAAUGUUACUAAAGUCAUCUUUAUGAACAAUGCAGCUAAUUGCCAUUAUUUCCUAAUGUUUUAACAUAGUCCUUUAUAUUUUUCAACUUUAAUUUCACGAGGAUACGUAUCUAAAAAUAUCUAAAAGCUGUAAUGACAUUCAUGUGGUGUUAUCCGUCCAUCAACAUCUAUUCUUAAGACAAAACAUACUUAGGUCUUCCCCAUCUCAGUAGGCAUGUCCAAAAUACAAAACAUUUGGCCAUUCAGUGAAUCAAGCUACAGUUAUUUUUUUCGGUUGGUCUUUCAAUUCUUAUUGGAAUAUUCCAGUCAUUUCAAUAUUGUCAUACUUACCCUGCCUACUGAUGUAAACAAAACUGGACAUAGUCUUCACAUUGCCAAGCAACUGGUAGAUUGUAAUUCCUAACCUUGCAUGCCACUGCAACAAAGGCAUGCGCACAUAUAUUAUAGAGAUAUAUGUAUAAUGUUCUCACGGUAAAAAAAAUGAGGCAAAAGCUGAAAUGUCCAUUUUUUUCUUCAUGUGGUAGAGCGCCGUGAUCCUGUUGACACCUCUGUCUUCAGGUUGUGAAAGUAUUUUCUCACGUUAAUGCUGUGAAUACAUUUUCCAGAGCUGCAAUGGAAAGGUGCCAUAGGCUUAGAUCAUAAUUAUCCUUCAGGAGGUACCUUGAGAUGAUUCAGACAACAAACUGCAUAACAGAACCUUUCCGCUCUCGGAUCACCCCCUUAAACUCUCAUUUUAAAUCACUUCAUUUCUGCCGCAAGGUAUAUAGUUGACAACACCCUCCUCCAAGUUCCCCCUACAGUAGAUCUUUCUCCAAUCCACGUCUUAAUAUUUCCUCAGUCAGGAAGCGUAUGCCAUACAAGGCUCUUCAGGGUAUGGGGUACCUGUGUCACCAUUUGUGUUUUUAGGUUUUGGGUGGGGUGAAGAUCAGAAUCGCUUGCUAUUCAGAGCACACAAAAGUUUUGCAGCACAGCACUUUCCCAAGAGGUUUAGGGUUUCUCUGCUUCACUAAAAGGGGGGUGGUGGUACAGAAAGCUAUCGGCUGUAACCACUUUAAAAACGAACUCCUGUCUGUACACUUAAGAAAAGGCUCAAUAUUAUUCCCUCGCUUAUAAGACUGAACAGUUGCUUAAUAUUAUACAACAUUAUCGUUUGUUUCAGACAUGACUGAAUCACACAAGUGUUUUGGGGUGAACUAAGAAAAGUGCAAAAAAGCUCUCCAAUACUACAGGGACUGGUAGCCUCAGAAAAGCUGUUGUCAAAUAUCAUGAAUGAUGAUGUCCACAAUAAAGUACAGUUUGAAAAUC